AUUAAAAAUCAGUUACUGCAUUUGCGUGUCUGUCAGUUGUUGCAUUUGUCAGUUUUUUACAUUAAUUAUAUACUAUUUAAAUUGUUUCAAUUUGAUACUGUAAUUGAAAUCAAAAUGAAUCGACAUCCAAAUACGGAUUAUAAAAGCCGUGGGGAACCACAAGUAGAAUUAGAAAGUCAAUUUAUUUUAAGACUGCCAGUGGAUUCAGCGAAAGUCUUAAGAGAAACAUUGAGAAGUGGAGCUCCUUUAAAAGAUAGACUUAAUAUAAAAUUAGAAAAUGAUAUGCGAUAUGGUGAAGUGAGAUUAGAUCAUUGGUUGCUACAUGCUAAGGUAGUAGAUUUGCCUACAAUUGUAGAAUCUUUAAAAACAAUCGAUAAUAAGAGUUUUUAUAAAACAGCUGAUAUAUGUCAGAUGUUGAUAUGCAAAGAGGAGGAUGACCAUACUACUACAGAUGAAGAAUCACCUAUGAGGCAAAAGAAAAAGGACCCAAAUAAGGUUGAUAAAAAAUUUUUAUGGCCACAUGGUGUAACUCCACCUACAAAGAAUGUAAGACGUAGGAGAUUCAGGAAAACUUUAAAAAAAAAAUAUGUAGAAGCGCCAGAAAUAGAAAAAGAAGUAAAAAGAUUGUUAAGAGUUGAUAAUGAUGCUGUCAAUGUAAAAUGGGAAGUAAUAUGUGAAGAUGAAGAUCAAUCGAAACCAAGUAAAGUAUCAUCAUCUGGAACAGUCAAAUCUAGAAGAGAUAAUAUUAGUGGUAACACAUCACAAAGUUUAGAUGUUGCUGAACAUGAUAUAUUUGGUGAACCUGUAAGUGAUAGCGAAGAUGAUGAUGAAGAAGCUAAUAUAAAUGUUAUGGAACUUGAUGAAAAUAGUAGGUUAUCCGGUGAUAGUAGAGCAUCUGACUCUAAUUCCAUGCAGGCUGCUUAUUCAGAGCGAUCGAGUAAUAAUGCAACUACGAGUUGUGGUCUUGUAACAGAAUUUAGCAAGGAAAUGUUCCAAAAUGAGAACAACUCUGAGGUAGAUGGAGAAAAACCGACAGAUACAGCAGAAUCAAAAGUGCCAAAAUUAGAACAGUUUCAUUCAGAAUAUAUUAUUCCUGAUCAUUUUUCAGAAUCACCAUCUAUUUCUACACCUAAAGAUUCAUUGCAAACAAGACUUGCCACACUUCAUGCUGAAUUAGCAGAAUUACGCCAACGAAGGCAGCAGCAGGAGAUUGAAAUUGCAAAUAUCGAGAAUGUUAAACUUAGACAAAGAUUUCAAGAAAUUUUGGAUAAUUUAUUAACUCAAGAAAUGCAGAAAGUGCAAGAGAUUCAAGACUUGGAAUUGGAAUAAAAUUAAACUACUUCUACAAUAUCACCAUUCAUCAAAGUUUAAUGAACAAAAUUAAAGAAUUAUUGUUUAAGUAUUGUGGAUUCCUAAAUAAUAUUAAAAUAAGAGGAUAUAUAUUGUA